AUGUUGAGAAAACCCCUGCAAACAACGAAGAUGCCGGACCGUCCCUGGGCCGACCUCGCCGCGGACUUCCUUGGCCCUUUGCCAUCAGGACAUAAUCUGCUGGUGAUUGUAGACUAUUUUAGUCGGUUUACCGAGAUAAUUGUAAUGAAGCAGAUAACAGCAGCGCAAACGGUUCGUGCGUUGCAUGAAACAUUCUGUCGCUUUGGUUUCCCAGAAUCCCUGAAGACCGACAACGGACCGCAGUUCAUAAGCUCCGAGUUACAGAGAUUCUGCAGUCAAUUUGGAAUCGACCACCGAAAGACCACGCCGUAUUGGCCACAGGCCAAUGGUGAGGUGGAACGCAUGAACCGGAAUAUUGUGAAAAGACUAAAAAUCAGUCAGGAAACGGACGGGUCGGAUUGGCAGUGGGAUCUCCGGAUGUUCACGCUCAUGCACAACUCAACCCCUCACUCAACAACGGGAGCACCGCCUUCGACACUAAUGUUCGGGCGUAUUCUGAAGGAUAAACUGCCGGGAUUAGUAACAAAAGGGCACAAGAUCUUGGAAGAGAUCAUCGAUCGAGACGCGGAGAAGAAACUUAAGGGAGCUGAGUACACGGAUAAACGCCGCCAAGCCAGAGCAAGCGAGUUGGAGGUCGGGGACACCGUUGUGGCCAAACGGGUUCAUAAGGAGAACAAGUUGUCGACCGCGUUUGACCCAGAAGAACUGACAAUCAUUGGAUUGGGUCCGUAA